AUGAGUUUUGGGACAUUGUACACAUUUCCUGGCGACCAGUGCCGAACAAUAGCCAUCAAGGCCGUGGCUAAGGAUAAUGGUCUCGAUCUUGACAUUUGCGAGAUGCCCAGGACUCCCGGUCAUUUGAGUAUUAGCAAGUUCGGCAAAGUUCCUGCAUUUCAAGGCGCGGAUGGCUUCAAGCUAUUUGAAUGUAUGGCAAUUACCCUAUAUAGUCUGUUCAACCCAGACCCUGCUAAAGCUGUACAAAGCUGA